AUGUACAUCAAAGCACUCGAGCAAGAGGUUCUCCGCCUGAAGGAGACAUUUGCAUCUACGACACGGGAACGCGAUGCUUUCGCAGAAGAGAAUCGAAGAUUGAAGGAACUCUUGAUGGCCCACGGCAUCGCAUUCGACUUAGCAAACCCUCCUAACAACGGCAUGCCACAUGUGAGCAGUUCUACGUACGGGAGCUCCAACGGCAGCGUAUCUGGCUACGGCGCCGGAUCUGCCUCAACAGGCUACACGUCUCCACCAAGCUUCCAGCACAGAGGCUCAAUCUCGCACGACAGCAUGGGCCAACCACCCAUGGCGCUUCAACAGCAACAAGUCCAUCAAUCUGGUCCGCAACAAAAUGGCCUGGACUACGACCAGAUUGGGAUUGACUUCGUCUUAACUCUCGAGCGCCCCUGCAUGGAUCACAUGCAAUUCCUCAUGGUACGCGCGCACGACGCCGAGGAAACAAUCAGUGGACACGCUUUGAUGGCUACGGCGCCACCGGAUUCGCACAUUGCGCAGUGCCCGGAAGAAAAGUACCCGCAUCAGAUGCCGGAUAUCACAAUGCCAGACUUGAUGAAGCUGCUGGAUCUCAGCAAUCGUCUGCCUCUUGACGGGGAGAUUACGCCGAUUAUGGCCUGGGCGAAAAUAAUUCAGGAUGCCAACUUCCAGGAUUUGACCAAGGACGAGAUCGAGGUCAUCAAGACGGAGCUGCUUGCCAAAGUCCGUUGUUACGGGUAA